AUGAGAGGCUGGAUAGCCUGUGUCUUCCUGCUUGCGCAGGCCACAGCGGUGGUAUGUUCACACGACCAAAAGCCUCUUGGCAGCCAAAACGACAAAUCAGCGCAAACUGCCGCCGAUAAACAUGCCGUCGAAUCGUUUCUAGAUGUUGGAGCAGAGCAGGAUGGUGCUGCCUUUGUACAGCCUGGAAGCGACCUUGUCGACGCUGCGCUCGCCGAGCUUCGAAAGAUACCUGUACCACCGCGAAGGAAGCGAGAGUCAUCGGGCAUAUUCAGCUCAGCUCUACGUCUGCUCCUCAGAACUAUCCCGACCGGCCCAGUCAUCGCACCAUCGCAACCCAAGGCCACGGCGACUAGCGGUCCUCUUGUCAAUGCAGUAGAGCUACUUGAACAAGCAGCUCAACAGAACAAUUCCGAUGCAUUAUACAUGCUUGCCGACUUCAACUUUUUUGGCAACUAUAGCCACCCCAGGGACCUCAGUGCUGCCUUUAAGCACUACCAACAACUGGCAUUCAGCCAUGGAAAUACUACGGCACAGUACAUGCUUGGAGUAUACUAUUCAACUGGCAUUGGUGGUGUUGUUCCCCAAGAUCAAGCCAAGGCGCUUCUCUAUUACACCUUUGCCGCCGUUCGAGGAGAUACAAGAGCUGAAAUGGCUGCUGGUUUCCGGCAUCUAGCAGGAAUCGGAACUACUAAGAGUUGUGAAACUGCCGUCAAGUACUACAAGCGCGUGGCGGAUAAAGCUAUAGACUGGUACCGUUCUGGUCCACCAGGCGGGAUGGCAUGGAUUGCUCAGUCAUGGCGCAUCGCAGACGACUUUGGAGGUUUGUAUGGAGAAGGCGCGAGCGCUUCUAGUGCCGGCAUGAACGCGUUCAAGCCUAGAGUCAACUCAGACGCCAACGCUGCUAUUGGCGAUAUCAUUGAAUAUCUAGAUCUCAUGUCCCAACAAAGUGACUCGAAAGCUACACUCAACCUGGGACAGAUUUAUUAUGAGGGCCAAAGAGGACUAGACAACGACUUUGACCUAGCCAGGAAGUACUUUCUUCUGGUUGCCUCAAGAUAUUGGAAGAAAGAUGGACGCCCCGUAGAAAAUGCCAAGGCUGGUAUUGACAAGCUAGCUGGCAAGGCAGCUGGCUAUCUUGGCAAGAUGUAUCUGAGGGGAGAUGGAGUCCCUCAGAAUUUCGACAGAGCAAAGGUUUGGUUUGAUCGUGGCUCCUCACAAGCUGAUGCGCUGUCGCGAUACGGACUAGGACUGAUGUACCUGCACGGCUAUGGCGUCAAAGAGAAUAUUGCGAAAGCUGUGGAGCUGUUCAGAGUGUCUGCUGAUCAUGAUUAUGCUCCUGCGCAGGUCCAAAUGGGCCAACUCUAUCUCGACCAAGGCGGCCAGGAGGAUGUUCGGAUCGCGAACAACUACUUUGAGCUGGCCGCUCGUUAUGGCAACAUUGAGGCAAAUUACUACCUGGCAGAACUGGUUUUUCAUGGCGUGGGCCGCGAAAAGCUUUGCAGCAUGGCGCUGAGCUACUACAAGAGCGUAGCUGAAAAAGCAGAGCCUCUUGUAUCGUCGUGGGCAGAUGCGAACGAUGCAUACGAAGUCAAAGCCUAUGAUCUGGCGUUCCUGGAGUAUCUCUUAGCUGCCGAGCAGGGAUACGAGAGGGCGCAAACUAACGUUGCAUGGAUCCUCGAUACUGUCCGAUCCAAGUUGCCGAUAUCUGAGUUGUUGCGUAAGCGGAACGACAAGUCUGGUCUCUUGGAUAACCCUGCCUUGGCGCUCAUUUACUGGACACGAGCAUCAAGACAAUCCAACAUUGAUGCACUCGUAAAAAUGGGCGAUUACUACUUUUAUGGCAUUGGCACUGACCAAGAUAUCGGUAAAGCGGUACAGUGCUAUACCGGUGCUUCUGAUUAUUCGCAGAGCGCCCAGGCACUUUUCAACCUAGGAUGGAUGCAUGAGAAUGGCAUUGGGCUGACACAAGAUUUCCAUCUCGCCAAGCGGUUCUACGAUCACGCGUUGGCUGUCAACGAUGAAGCGUAUCUCCCCGUCACUCUUGGUCUGUUAAAACUUCGGAUACGAAGCGCUUGGAAUACUCUGACGAAUGGCCCUGUCCAUUCUAUCCAAGACGAGCCGAAGAAGAAGAAAGACUGGUCGCUCUCCGAGUGGAUAACCAACUUCUUGGAGGACGAGGGACUUCCUUACGAGGAUGACUAUCUUGAUGAUAUGUACGACGGGACUCUCGGGGAUGACGAUGAAGAUAUCUUGGAUGGCGUCGUUGAGAGCACUCUCAUCAUAGGCAUCACGCUAGCUCUUGUCCUCCUACUGUGGUGGAGACAGAGGAUGCAGCAACAGCAUGCCCAGAACGUCGAAGGAGAACGCCAGAACCAGAGACAGCAGCAAGGCAAUCCUAUAAAUCCCGAAGAUGCCUUUCCGGCAUGGGCAGGUGGAGGGAUGGGUUUAUAA